UGUAUCUUGAUGACAUUCUGAUUUUCAGCAAGUCCAUGGAGGAGCACGUCAAGCAUCUCGAGGAGGUCUUGCAAGUCCUCAAAGAUGCUCAACUGCACCUCAACUUGGAGAAAUCUGAGUUUGGCAAGGACAGCGUUAUCUACCUUGGGCACCGGUUGUCUGCAAGCGGUCUUGAGCCGGAGGCAACCAAGGUUGAGGUCAUCCGCAACUGGCCUCAACCAGCGAAUGUACGCGAGCUGCGUUCUUUUCUUGGUUUGGCUUCUUACUACCGGAAGUUUGUGCCUAAGUUCUCUGUCAUUGCGCACCCACUCUCACGCCUGACUAGUAAGAAUGUUGCCUAUGCGUGGUGUGAAAAGUGUGAGACUGCGUUCCAAGCCUUGAAAGAGGCUUUGGUGAGUCAUCCUGUGCUCCGCAUUGCGGAUCCCAACCUCACGUUCGUAGUCACUACGGACGCGAGCCAGUUUGGGAUUGGUGCAGUGCUGCAACAAGAUGAUGGCGAUGGUCUGCGUCCGCUUGAAUAUUACAGCAAACGCAUGCCCAGCCACAAGGUAGCCAGUUCCACAUACAUGCGGGAGCUCUACGCCUUGCGCGAGGCGCUCACGCAUUGGAAGCACUACCUCUUGGGUCGCCACUUCAAGGUCUAUUCAGAUCAUCAGACCUUGCAAUGGAUUAAGACACAAACUGAUCUCUCUCCAACUCUGACCCGCUGGCUGCCUAACAUUGAUGUUUUCAACUUUGAACUAAAACAUAAGAAAGGCUGCUAUAAUCGUGUUGAUGAUGCUCUGUCGCGCCAUCCCGAGUAUUUGACUUGCCUUGUGGACUCGUACGGCCUCCGAAGGAAACUGAAGGAGGAUCUGGUCGAGCACACUGCCAAGGAUCCGGACCUUAGUCCCAUCCUUGAGCAGCUCAAGGCUGACCCCAACAGUCAGCCUGAUUUUCAUGAAUGCGAGGGUCUUGUACUUCGUCGGUAUGGAAAGUUUGACCGUUUGUGUGUACCCAACCAUGCGCCUCUCCGAACUCACUUCUUGGAUCUGGCGCACGGUCGGAGUGGACAUUUUGGCUUUGAGAAGACUUACGGAAGUCUUCUGCAACAAUUUGACUGGCCAGGAAUGAAAGGAUCUGCUCAGAAAUUUAUUGCUGAAUGUCAAGUAUGCCAAAGGAUCAAGGUUCACAGGCAUAAGCCUUAUGGCCUACUGAGACCUCUUCCCAUUCUCGAUGGACCCGGCGAGUCGAUUUCCAUCGACUUCACGGACAUGGGAAAAGUGAGUGAGGUUGGGAAUUCACAAGUCAUGGUCAUUGUGGACCGCUUCUCCAAAUUUCUGAACUUGAUUCCUCUCCCUCCUCACGCCCCGACUGAACUUGUCAUAGAAGAAUUCCAUCAGCAGUACAUUCUGCAGUCCGGCGUCCCGAAAACUAUUGUGAGUGAUCGGGACACCAGAUUCAUCAGCAAAGAUUGGAAAAACUUCACAUCUCAGAUCUACGACAUCAAACUGAACAGGACUUCUGGUCGACACCCCGAAUCCAACGGAUUGGCUGAGGAGAUCAACCAGACUGUCAUCCAAUUGCUUCGCGCACUAAUUGUUCCAGAUCAGAACACGUGGGACAAGGAAUUGCAAAAAGUGAAGGGGCUGUACAACAACUCCAUUCACUCUGCGACUGGCGUGACACCAAACCAAUUGCAGUAUGGAUGGCCGAUGUGUAAUCCCCUCUCCUAUCUGUUCCCUGAACGGUCACCUGGUCUGAUGCCCGGCGUGCCUGGCUACAAUGCCAAGUACGCACGCUUGCUAAAAGCUGCUACAGCAGCUAUGAACAAGCGCCAGCAUGCCAUGAUCAAACAUGCCAAUAAGCGGCGCAAAGAAGAAAAGUUCAAAGUAGGGGAUUAUGUUUGGGUCAAAAUGUCUGAGUUUUCUGAUGAAGAGGGCAUAUCACGGAAGCUUCUUCCACUGUACUACGGCCCUUGGCAGAUUCUGAAGACAAUCGGGGAUGAUUUCGGUCCUUCGUAUGUGAUUGACGUGCCUCCUCAUCUGCGCACGUAUCCAGUCUUCCAUGCCUCCAAACUGUUCCCACACAUUGAUGAUGAGACUUUUCCCUUCCGUGAUCCUAUGAUACGUCGCCUUAUUGACGGCGUCCAUGAGAUUGACAAAAUCGUUUCUCACGAGGGGAGAGGAAGGAACAGACAGUACAAGUUCAUUUCCUCUACCACCCGUUGAAUGAAUUCUUCUGGAUCGACCGGAAAGAACUGAUAAAGAGUGCUCCACGUG